AGUCUGGCCGCGGCCAGCGGCGCCGCCUCCUCGUCGGGCCGGGCACGGCGGGCCGGGGCCUUUGUGUGUGAGCUGGCGGCGGCGAUGGUACUCGGGCCCCGCGGAGCCGGAUUAACCGUGCUGAUAAGGAGGCAACUUCAUAGGAGCUGCUAAGAUGGGCAUGAGGAUCAAAUUGCAAAGCACCAACCACCCCAACAACCUGCUGAAGGAACUCAACAAGUGCCGGCUCUCAGAGACCAUGUGCGAUGUCACCAUUGUGGUGGGGAGCCGCUCCUUCCCAGCCCACAAGGCCGUGCUGGCUUGUGCGGCUGGCUACUUCCAGAACCUCUUCCUGAAUACUGGGCUAGAUGCUGCCAGGACAUAUGUGGUGGACUUCAUCACUCCCGCCAAUUUUGAGAAGAUUCUGAGCUUUGUCUACACAUCAGAGCUCUUCACAGACCUUAUCAAUGUUGGGGUUAUCUAUGAGGUAGCUGAGCGUCUGGGUAUGGAGGACCUUCUCCAGGCCUGUCACUCCACUUUUCCUGACCUGGAAAGCACUGCUGUGACCAAGCCCCUGACUAGCACCAGUGACAGCGCAUCUGGUACUCUGAGUUGUCCCUCAGCAGAUCCCACCCAUCCCCUUGGAGAACUCAGGGGUAGUGGGGAGCACUUUGGUCCUGAUAGAAACUAUGUGUUGGCCAGUGAUGCUGGAGGAAGCUAUAAAGAGGAAGAGAGGAAUGUUUCCAGUGACACUAAUCACAGCUUGCCUCUACCACAGCUACCACUGCCUCCAAAGACAGAAGACCAUGAUGCCCCUGCUCCAUUCACAUCUGUUCCUAAUAUGGCGACCCAGCCAGUCCUAGGCACUGUUAGCACAGGCAUUCAGACCAGCACAAGCUCCUGCCAGCCAUACAAAGUUCAAAGCAAUGGAGACUUCAGUAAAAGCAGCUUCUUCACCCCUGACAAUGCAAUAGACAUUACCACUGGGACCAACUCCUGUCUGAGCAAUAGCGACCACUCCAGAGAUCCAGGCUUUGGGCAGAUGGAUGAGCUCCAGCUAGAGGACCUGGGGGACGAUGACUUGCAGUUUGAGGACCCCACUGAAGAGAUUGGGACAGCUGAGGAGGUGAUUGAGCUGAGUGAUGACAGUGAGGAUGAGCUGACUUUUGGAGAAAAUGACAACCGGGAGAAUAAGGCCAUGCCCUGCCAGGUAUGCAAGAAAGUUCUAGAGCCCAACAUUCAGCUAAUCCGGCAGCAUGCUCGGGACCAUGUGGACCUGCUCACAGGCAACUGCAAGGUUUGCGAGACUCACUUCCAGGACCGAAACUCCCGGGUGACCCAUGUCCUAUCCCACAUUGGUAUUUUCCUCUUCUCCUGUGACAUGUGUGAAACAAAGUUCUUUACCCAGUGGCAGCUAACCCUUCACCGACGGGAUGGGAUAUUUGAGAACAACAUCGUUGUCCACCCCAAUGAACCCCUGCCUGGGAAACUGGGUCUUUUUUCAGGGGCAGCCUCUCCAGAGUUGAAAUGUGCUGCCUGUGGAAAGGCAUUGGCCAAAGAUUUCCAUGUGGUCCGGGACCACAUCCUCGACCAUCUGAACUUGAAGGGUCAAGCCUGCAGCAUCUGCGACCAGCGCCACCUAAACCUUUGCAGCCUCAUGUGGCACACGCUCUCCCAUCUGGGCAUUUCAGUCUUUUCCUGCUCUGUCUGUGCCAGCAGCUUUGUGGACUGGCAUCUCCUAGAGAAGCAUGUGGCUGUGCACCAAAGCCUGGAAGACGCCCUCUUCCGCUGCCACUUAUGCAGCCAGAGCUUCAGGUCAGAAGCUGCCUACCGCUACCACGUCAGCCAGCACAAGUGCAACAGUGGCCUUGAUGUGCGGCCUGGUUUGGGGCUACAGCACCCAGCCUUCCAGAAGCGGAAGCUGCCAGCGGAGGACUUUAUGAGUGAGGAGUUGGCUCUGCAGGGCCAACCUGGGAAUAGCAAGUAUAGCUGCAAAGUCUGUGGCAAAAGGUUUGCCCACACAAGUGAGUUCAACUACCACCGGCGGAUCCACACAGGUGAGAAACCGUACCAGUGUAAAGUAUGCCACAAGUUCUUCCGAGGCCGCUCAACUAUCAAGUGCCACCUCAAGACACACUCAGGGGCACUUAUGUACCGCUGCACAGUCUGUGGCCACUACAGUUCCACCCUUAACCUCAUGAGCAAACACGUCGGUGUGCACAAAGGCAGCCUCCCACCCGACUUCACCAUCGAGCAGACCUUCAUGUAUAUUAUCCAUUCCAAAGAGGCCGAGAAGAGCCCAGACAGCUGACUGGGUCCCAGUAGAGCCAGUGGGAGCUCCCAGACGUCAGCCAGGAUGGUGAUUUUCUAAAGGCUGUUGGUCCCUCCCCAGCUGAAGUGACAGUUUUGCCUUGCUAGGAAUUCUAUUCUGUGUUGUGUUUAAAGAAGAAGAAAGAAGAAAUAGCACACAAACUGUUACUGUUUUUGAGAAGCAACGGCCCUAUCAUAUUUACCUCCAUACCUGUUCUUGCCCACAAAGGGCUGCAUUUUUGAUUCUUUCGAGGUUGAUUUUGGGAUCUAGUCCAGCAGUCGUGUCAACUAGAUCCCUUUCCCCAGCCUCUGUAGUUUUAGUUUACUGAUAGGUUUUAUGCUGCUAAGAAUCCAACCAACAGCCUCACUUGAUAGAGGAGGUGGAGAGAGGUUUUCACUGUGGGUAUUACUGCCAGACCUCCACUGGGACAACCGGCUAUGAAAAGGAUUUGGGGAAUGUGGUCAUUCAGAAAGGACUGGUCAGCAGGGCAGCUCACCUCAGUACCAGGUUCCAGUGCCAGUCCUCAGCAGGGAAAAGGUGUCAGGGAUGGAGGGGCCUUCUUGCUCCAGGGCCCUAAUCUAUUGACAGUGAAAAUCUUAGGGCAGCUAGAUCCAAACUGGGAACCAAGCUUUCUGUUUAGGUUGGAAAGCUUUGAAUGAUUCUGUGCCAGCAGAAGGGAUGUCCUUUAGUGCCGCCAGAUGGGACAGCCUGGAUGGACAGAAGAGACUCCUCUUUUCUCCUCAUUUCCAAAGAAACAUGAUUUUGUGGAGCAAAGGCCCAGAAUGUCAGGCCUUUCCUGGAGGGCAAAGAGGAUGGAGAGCCACUUUGAUAUAGUCAUGUGUCAUUCUGGCCAUCUCCGGGGACCUUGAGUUUUCUGGUGGAGGAGAGGAUGUCUCUGACAGUAGCAGCCUUGCCUUAAUUUAUAUCCAGUCUCCCACCCAGAAGGGUUGGGCCUAUAGUGUAGGUGAGAAGACCCUGUGAGGUGGUGAAGUGGCGGACUGUGAUCCCUUCAGGAUUAAAGGGGCCUGAGUAACUGGUGGCGUGUAGCAGGGUGUGCAUUCUGACUGUCCCAGUCCAGUAACUUGUUUACUUUGUGCUAACAGUGCAGGAACUUUGGUACCUCACCUUUGACCUGCUGGAAUUGAUCCUAAUUUGUCACUGCAUCACCUCCAGGGGGUGCUGUUGGGUGGCAGGUGGUUCAGGCCUUCUCUAGGUAGCCCAGUACAUGUGACUGGCUCCAUUCUUAUUUGAUCACUGAAGGUGUCUUGCCCAAAGAAGGCUGGAGGGAAAGGGCUCUUGAUCUUGCAUACUUACAAGGUGGCACCUCAGUAGCUCAUACUACCUCACCCUGCUCAGGUGAGCUCUGUGAGUCCCUGGCCUUAGCCGAGACACUGCCCCUAGUGGGACUUUGCAACACCCCAGGCUAUUUCACAAGGAAGUGGUUGUCGUUAAAUCACAAAGCCUUUUGAACGUUAAUAUUUAUUUAUUUUUUGUUUUUGUAUACAUAUUACCAAGAAUCUCUUUUGGAUAAGAGUCUUAAGGAAAAUGAGGUUCUCCCCAGCAAGUAGCCAUAUUCCAGGGGAUGGUCCUGGCCGUAGAUUUGGGAAAAGGUGUGUAACUCCUGGAGAAUGUGAUAAGCCUUUUAAACUAAAUUUUCUUCUCUCUAGAUAGUAUCUAGCAGAAUAAAUCCAGAGACCCUUUAAGGCAAUGGGUGUAAGUUUUAAAAAGUUGGGGCCAGGUAAAUUCCCAGACCUUUCGCCUGCCUUUCAUCCUGUGAUGGAGUGUUUGAGGACUGAGUUGAGGGGAUCACGUCACCUGAAGCACCUUUUCACAGCUACUCAUCCUUCCUAAACUUAGGGAGCCUCCUGUCCUUGUCUGAAUUAAGACAUAUAGGCAAACCAAAGCUCCAUUCCUGUUGGGCCUGCUGCCUCUCUCCCCAUCCCUGAAUCGAGAAAGCCUCAAGAGUUAAAGCAUAGCACUCUCUGGUGGCUCUCUAGUCCCCUCAGGUGAUGAGAUUUGUACAGUGACUGUUACAGACCACUUGGGGUAUUCUUGUCAGGAAAUCAGUGCUGACUUUUCAUUCCUGAUCAGCUUCCCACUACCUUACACUGACCAUUAGGAAUUUAAGAAGGAAAUGUGUAACAGACUACAUGCUUUUUGAGCAUGAGGAAAUCCCCCCACUC